AUGAUUCGGCUGCUGCUCUUGAGUGUUCUGUGCAGUGCUGCGAGUGCCAAAUACAAUGUGGUGUUUAUCGUUUUGGACGACAUGCGGCCGGCGAUCGCAUCCUACGGCGAUCCUAAGGCUUUAACGCCUCACAUGGACAGUCUGCUGAAGGAAGGAUUCUACUUCAACCGCGCCUACGCUCAACAAGCAGUUUGCGCUCCGAGUCGCAAUUCCAUGCUCACGAGUCGGCGGCCGGACACGCUGCAUUUGUACGACUUCUACAGCUACUGGAGGGAGUUUGCCGGAAAUUACACAACGCUGCCGCAAUAUCUCAAGUCUCACGGCUACUUCACGGCGUCCGUGGGCAAGGUCUUCCAUCCGGGCGUCACGUCGAACUUCACCGAUGACUAUCCUUACAGCUGGAGCACCGAAGCUUAUCAUCCUCCCACGGAGGAGUUCAUGCACGCGCCAGUGUGUGAAGAUGCCGAGACGGGAAAGUUGGUGCAGAACCUUCUCUGUCCAGUGGAUGUGACUUCUCAACCAGGACACUCUCUUCCGGACAUUGAAUCAGUGGAGAAAGCUGUUGACAUAUUGAAUAACGUCUCGGAGCCUUUCUUCUUGGCUGUGGGACUUCACAAGCCUCACAUUCCCUUCCGCAUCCCCAGAGAGUAUCUCGAUUUCCACCCUCUGUGGAAGUUCUACCAUCCAGACACCAGCUACAAGCCAUAUGAUCUGCCAAAUGUGGCGUGGAAUCCCUUCGUGGACGUCCGAGGAAGGCACGAUGUGAAGAAGCUGAACGUCAGCUUCCCUUUCGGGCCACUGCCGAAGGACUUCAGAGCUCAAAUACGGCAAUAUUACUACGCAUCCGUGACCUACGUUGAUGCCUUGAUUGGGAAGCUCCUGAAGGCGAUUGAGAAGGACAAUACGAUUGUGAUUCUGACUGGAGAUCACGGAUGGUCGCUGGGAGAGCACGGCGAGUGGGCGAAGUACAGCAAUUUCGAGGUGGCUUUGAGAGUUCCGCUGAUCAUCAGAGCUCCUGGAAUGCAACCCAAGACUAAGAACCGAAUUGAUCAGCCAGUUGAACUCCUGGACAUAUUUCCCACGAUUGUGGAUCUUCUAGAACUGCCCCAAGUGCCGAAAUGCUCGUCCAAAUCGCAGGAUUUGUGCACCGAAGGAGAAUCUCUGGUUCCUUAUUUGCGAAAUAGAGGAAAGCGAAAUGUGAGGAAAAUGGCUUUCAGUCAGUAUCCUCGUCCUGGUGAUUAUCCCAGUGAGAAGCCAAACAGUGACAAGCCUAGAUUGGAGGAGAUUAAAAUAAUGGGAUAUUCCGUGAGGAAUCACAGAUUUCGCUACACUCUCUGGGUGUCUUUCGACCCAAAGAACUUCACGAGGAAUUGGGAUGAAAUUCACGGCGAAGAGUUGUAUGAUCACAGUUUGGACAGUGGUGAAAACAUAAAUCUCGCCUCUCGAGAACCCUUGAGUGCCAUUAAAGCUCAUUUCAGAAGGAUUCUGAAGGAGAAAUUCUCAGAAGCUUAG